AUGGCCCUCCCACCUCCACCGCUCACAAUCGACCCGCCGCUGCUCAACACGGCCAACCCGUGGGCAACGGACCUGGCCGACUUGACAAGGCUCUACAACUGUCCGCAUACCGGCGCUGUCACCACGCGCACUUCGCUGCUGGCUGGGUUCGGGCAUCAUCCAGAGCUGCACCAGUUUACCUUCUUCGACGCCGCCACGCACGACCCAGCAGUGACUGCCGCAUCCGGAGCACAAGCCAACAGCGCCAGCCUCAACACGCUCGGAUACAGCCCGCUGACGCUCGGCGAAUACCUGGGCUUUAUCCAGACAAUUGCCGAGUCGCGCGCCGCGUCGGUGUCUUCAACGCCGUCCACCACCAAGCCGAAAGGGUUCCUGGUGUCUGUCACGGGCGGGCCCGACGACGUGGCCGAGUGCUACACGUGCAUCGCCGCCGCGCAACGCGGACUGCCGGAUCCCAGCGGCGUCCCGCUGGCAAUGGAAGUCAACCUCAGCUGCCCCAACAUUCCCAACGCACCGCCGCCGGCAUACGAUGGGAAGGCGUUGCUGUCGUAUCUGACAGCCAUCCGGGGCGCAGCUGCGACUGUGUGCGCGGCCGACGGCACUACCAUCCCGUUCGGCUUCAAGACGCCGCCGUAUACACACGCCGGCCAAUUCGACGUCCUCAUCGAUGCGUUGCGGGCCUCGGCCACCAGCAGCCGCACCGGCGUGUGCCCCAUCAGCUUCCUGACGUCAACGAACACGCUCGGCUCGUGCCUCGUCAUGACGGCUGGAGAGUCGGGCCCGACACCGGCUCUGCCAGGUGGCGGUAUUGGCGGCAUGGCUGGCGCGCCGCUGCACCCGAUUGCGUUGGGCAAUGUGGCGACGCUGCGCAAGCGUCUCGACGCCGAGCCGGCCGCACUGGGCCACAUUCAGAUCGUAGGCGCAGGCGGCGUGUCAGACGCAGCAGGGUUUGGGCGGAUGAAGAGCGUGGGGGCCUAUGCGGUGGGUGUUGGCACGGGGCUGGGCAUUCACGGCGUGGACGUGUUUGACAGGAUUCUCGGUAGGCCGGCGUAG